CCAAUGACAUCUCGGUAACUGCAUGUGAGUUACCCCCUCAUUCAUCGCCAUUGGACAACAUUCACUCUUUAAUCGUUGAUUGGACGACAUCGUUGCAACACUUUUUCAAGCUUUUUAUUUUAAUGCGGAUGUUUUGGUCCCAAUCGAAAAAAUCAGAAACGGGUGUCUUUAGCUAGUUGACUCCAGCCGAGCAGCUAAAUAACCAGAACUAUCAUGAAGAGAGUCACUCUGUUUGUCAACGGAAAGUCUUCCAAUGGCAAGGUUGUGGCGCUGUAUGGAUCGCUGACAGACCUGCUGUCCGUCGCUAGCAGUAAACUGGGAAUCCGAGCCUCCAGCGUUUAUAACGGUACAGGCGGUCUUAUAGACGACAUAACGCUUAUAAGGGAUGAUGACGUGCUGUAUGUGUCUGAGGGCGACUCCUUUGAUGAUGUGAGUAAGACACAGUGUGCAGACCCCCAGGAUGACCCUGGUUGUCCAGACUGGUUCCAGACUCACACUGAUUGGCUGACGCUCAACGUUGGGGGUUGCUGCUUCACCACCACACGGAGCACUCUGGUCAGUAAAGAGCCAGUGAGCAUGCUGGCCCACAUGUUCCGAGACAAAGGUGAUGAUGUCACUCCCACAAUGCACCACUCACUGCCUGUCUCCUCCACUCAUUAUUCAUGUCCCGAAUUCUGUGUGUGUGUGUGUGUGUGUGUGUGUGUAGAUGUGUGGGGUAAUAAACAGGACUCCCAGGGUGCCUACCUGAUAGACAGGAGUCCAGGCUACUUUGAACCCAUCCUCAACUACCUGAGACACGGACAACUCAUCAUCAAUGACGGCAUCAACCCACUGGGGGUCCUGGAGGAGGCUCGGUUCUUCGGCAUUGAGCAGCUGGCUGAGCAACUGGAGAACCUGAUCAAGAGUUCCCAGCCUGCUGAUGACCACUCCCCUCUAACCAGGAAGGAGUUUGUACGUUUCCUGUUGGCCACACCCACCAAGUCAGAGCUGCGCUGUCAGGGUCUGAACUUCAGCGGUGCAGACCUGUCUCGCCUGGACCUGCGCUACAUCAACUUUAAGAUGGCCAACCUGAGAGCUGCCAACCUCACUCAUGCCAACCUCAGUGGUGCCAACCUGGAGCGGGCAGACCUGUCCUCAGCCUGCCUUGAUGGAGCUAACCUACAGGGUGUUAAGAUGCUGUGUUCUAAUGCGGAGGGUGCGUCUCUGAGAGGGUGUAACUUUGAGGACCCUUCUGGAGUCAAAGCCAACAUGGAGGGUGCCAACCUAAAGGGGGUGGACAUGGAGGGUAGUCAGAUGACAGGUAUCAACCUGCGAGUUGCCACACUGAAGAACGCCAAGCUGAAAAACUGCAACCUGAGAGGAGCUACACUGGCUGGCACAGACCUAGAGAACUGUGACCUGUCUGGAUGUGAUCUACAGGAAGCUAACCUUCGGGGCUCCAACGUGAAGGGAGCCAUCUUUGAAGAGAUGCUGACUCCACUGCACAUGUCUCAGAGUGUACGAUAACCCUACUGCACAUGUCUCAGAGUGUACGAUAACCCUACUGCACAUGUCUCAGAGUGUACGAUAACCCUACUGCACAUGUCUCAGAGUGUACGAUAACCCUACUGCACAUGUCUCAGAGUGUACGAUAACCCUACUGCACAUGUCUCAGAGUGUACGAUAACCCUACUGCACAUGUCUCAGAGUGUACGAUAACCCUACUGCACAUGUCUCAGAGUGUACGAUAACCCUACUGCACAUGUCUCAGAGUGUACGAUAACCCUACUGCACAUGUCUCAGAGUGUACGAUAACCCUACUGCACAUGUCUCAGAGUGUACGAUAACCCUACUGCACAUGUCUCAGAGUGUACGAUAACCCUACUGCACAUGUCUCAGAGUGUACGAUAACCCUACUGCACAUGUCUCAGAGUGUACGAUAACCCUACUGCACAUGUCUCAGAGUGUACGAUAACCCUACUGCACAUGUCUCAGAGUGUACGAUAACCCUACUGCACAUGUCUCAGAGUGUACGAUAACCCUACUGCACAUGUCUCAGAGUGUACGAUAACCCUACUGCACAUGUCUCAGAGUGUACGAUAACCCUACUGCACAUGUCUCAGAGUGUAGGAUAACCCUACUGCACAUGUCUCAGAGUGUAGGAUAACCCUACUGCACAUGUCUCAGAGUGUAGGAUAACCCUACUGCACAUGUCUCAGAGUGUAGGAUAACCCUACUGCACAUGUCUCAGAGUGUAGGAUAACCCUACUGCACAUGUCUCAGAGUGUAGGAUAACCCUACUGCACAUGUCUCAGAGUGUAGGAUAACCCUACUGCACAUGUCUCAGAGUGUAGGAUAACCCUACUGCACAUGUCUCAGAGUGUAGGAUAACCCCACACAAACAUACACUCCUGGUCCUUAAGUCACACCUCCCAACCCCCUGUGUAGCUCACCACUGAUUUUUGAAUUCUCAGAAGAGACUAGUUGUCCAAUACUAUAUCAACCCUUAGUAGUCACUUAGCUACCUGAGGGCAGUGGUUGUUCCUCUGACAUGAGGAGUGAAUAUGAAACGAGACCCAGGAAUGUUUUAGUUCUAGUACACAUGUUUGUAUAUAUGGCGUAAAAGGUUCUACAUGUUUGUAAAAUAAUAUAUUUAUUUUGAAGGUAGAUACGGCAGAUUCGGGCCGACUUCUGCAACAACAAACAGUGUGAGGCUAAACUUCUCGCUGUUUUGGUCUCGCAGCUAUCGUGUUGCAGCAGUGUGAAAUGCACCCAUGCGCUUAUCUGCAAUAUCUGAGGUUCAUGGCAAAAGUUAUAUAGAGUCUCACUUUAAUGGGUCCACAUGUACAUUAUCCUACAUGGGCAUCUUCUCCGUGCCUGGGGUUGGAUUUCCAUCACAUGGUGCUACACUUUAUCAUUGUGGAAAGUAUUUUUUUUUUGUUUCACGCUAUCACUGUAUAAUUACUGUUUUAUGUCUUUUGCAAUAAAGGCUCUAGCCUGUUUUUAGUA